AUGGACAAGGUGGAGGAGGAAAAACUAGCAUGGUAUUCUCACGAUAACUUCUUUCCUGUCAAGAUCGGCGAUAUCUUUCAGUCGAAGUAUCAAGUAGUUGGGAAACUAGGAUAUGGCGGAUAUUCAACAGUGUGGCUUUGCAGAGAUUUAGAAGAGCACGUUUACGCCACAUUGAAACUAUAUGAACGUGACUCUGCUCAUGCAGAACGAGAAAUUCAGGUUUACGAACAUCUCAAAAGUCUCAAAUCCUGCCACACUGGUACUGUUCUCGUGCGAACUGUGUUGGAUAAAUUCCAUCUCAGCUCAACCGAUGGCUCCCACUUCUACCAAUGUCUUGUUCACCCACCCUUAGGCAUGAGUCUCUGUGAGCUUCGGAAUCGGUGUCCACGAAAGGUUUUUCCAGAAAACCUACUGAAACCCACCCUUAUCCAUAUUCUCCUUGCGCUAGAUUUCUUACAUACCGAGGCGCGCGUGAUCCAUACCGAUAUACAAGAAAAGAACAUUAUGCUCAAUAUUGAAGAUGAAUCGAUUCUUGUUGACUUUGAGAAGGCCGAGAUAUUAAAUCCAAGCCCACGUAAAGUGGUCGGUGAUCGAGCAAUAUAUCAUUCUCGAAAGUUGGGCAUUCCAAAAAAACAUGGACGCCCCGUACUCUCAGACUUCGGCGAGGCUCGCUUUGGGUCCGAGUCAGGCACAUAUUGCGAUGAUGUACAGCCAUUUAUGUAUCGGGCCCCGGAGGUACUACUUCGCAUGCCCUGGAAUGAAAAGAUCGACAUUUGGAACCUUGCAGUCGUGGCCUGGGACCUAUUCGAACAAGGCCAUCUUUUCUACGCUCAGGAUGAAAACAAAAGAGAAUCGGAUAGUCACCAUCUUGCUGAAAUGAUUGCGUAUCUGGGGCCACCGCCACGCGAUAUGCUUGAGAAAAGUGAAUAUGCAAAUAAGUAUUUUGAUAGUAGCGGAAAAUGGAAGUGCUUUGCUGAAAUCCCGCCUACGUCUUUAGCGGACAUUGAAAGUAACUUAGAGGGCGAGCAGCAAGAGAAUUUUCUCCGUUUCAUACGGAAAAUGCUUCAGUGGCGACCAGAAGAUCGACCUACUGCGAAAGAGUUAUUAUCUGACCCUUGGCUAAGGUCUACAUAG